UCAAAACGAAGUCAAUAUAAAAAUUUUAUUGAGCCAAAUUUGUUGUGGAAAAUUUUUAGUUAAGAAAAUAUGGGUCGAAGUAGAAAAGAAGACCGAUAUUUCGCAACUAGUGAAAAUGAAGCUCCCAGCGCUAUUGAACAAGGUGUUAUCUUCUUCAGUUUUAUACUAUUUAUAAUUACACUACCGAUAUCGAUAUUUUUAUCGCUGAUCGUUUUGUCCGAAUAUCAAAGAGCCGUUAUAUUUAGAUGUGGACGUUUAAAACGCGGUGGACCACUAGGUCCCGGUCUCAUCUUUCGUAUACCAUGCAUUGAUUAUUGUGUAAGAGUCGAUUUGCGUACAAUAUCAUACGAUGUGCCAGCACAAGAGAUACUCACAAAGGAUCAUGUAACCAUUAGUCUUGACGCUGUAGUUUAUUAUAGAAUUUUCGAUCCUUUGCUGGCUGUAAUACAAGUGGAGGAUGUACACUUAGCCACACGUAUGUUGGCACAGGCAACGUUGCGUAAUAUUGCCGGACAGAAACAUGUUUUGGAUUUAAUGUCUGAAAAGGAUUCCGUUUCGAUGGCCAUGGCGGCAAUAUUGAAAACGGCAUCGUCACCGUGGGGCGUGUAUGUGGAACGAGUUGAAAUCAAAGAUGUCCGCAUGCCAUUUCAAUUGCAGCGUGCUAUGGCUGCCGAAGCGGAGGCAAUACGUGAGGCCAAGGCAAAGGUAGUUUCCGCCGAGGGUGAAUUAAGUGCCUCGAAAUCUCUCAAAGCUGCUUCGGAUGUUAUUGCUUCGAAUCCUGUAGCACUUCAGUUACGUUAUUUACAAACCCUCAGCCUUAUUUCGGGUGAUCAAAAUAAAAACAUUAUAUUUCCAUUUCCGGUAAACUUAAUAAGGCAACUGAUCAUGGGUAGAUCAAUUGAAUCAAGCCCGGACAGUUUAAGUUAUAAAAAAGCGACGGAUAGCGUACAGGAAGAUAUAGAAAUCAAUUCCGAUAUUGAUGAAGCGCUUGAGGAGGCUUUUAGAAUUCUAGAUAACAAAAUGUGAAAAUUUCUUAAGAUUAAUUAAAGUAAAUCUUCUAAA